AUGGAUGACAACACUUUUUUGAAGAAGUUGCAGUCUUUAAUUAGCAGUAAUGAACAGCUAGGCUUAACUUUACUUUCAUUACUAGUAAAUAAUAACAGUAGAAAUAAUAAUCCAUCUUCUCCGGAAAAUAGUACUGUUAAAGAAACUAACAGUCAUACUAAUGAAAAUACUAAUACGGAAGCACUAUUGAAGCUAGUAUUAGAAAAAUUACAAAAUUCACCUGGUCAUCAACAACAACAGCAGCAGGACUCAUUUGAACAACUUCAACAUACAUCAACAACUUUAUUACCUAAAUCUAACGCACCAAAGGCAAACAUAAAUAAAAAGAAACAGCCAUCUUCUUCUAUUGUUGAUACCUCUCUCCCCACCUUUUAUAGAACAAAUGUCUCAACACUAAGAACAAAUCAUAGCACCGGGAGUAGCUUAAAAAAAGUUGCAUUGCCAGUACCAUUAACAACUACAACAACAAAUGCCAAUAAUACCGGUCCCUCAAAUUCACCUAUCGCUCAAUCGCCUAUAUCGCAAAUAUAUAGACAGGCUAUUCCUUCCGCCAGGACUACCUCUAUAACUUCUAAUACUAAUGCCAUAACCAACAACAAUACACAUACUUUGACGAAUAGACUUUCUACUUCUCCUGUGCCACAAACUAAUACAUUGAAAACAAGAACCAGAACCAUAAAUAAUGAUAGCACCACGAAUACUGAUGUAACUAACAAUAGUAAUCAACGCCAUUUUAAUUUUUUAGAUAAUAAUGGCAGGAUCUCAACAACGCUGAAAGUAAUAGAUAAGGAAAUCUAUAAAAAAAAAUCAAACACUUCUUCAUUAUUAAAGUCUACAGAUAAGGUGAUCAAUACUGAUUUUUUGCCCAUGACCAAGAGCAAAGAAAUUACAGAGGGUACUCACUCUUCUUCACCUUUAUUGCCAUCAACGCCAACUAUAUCGGAUCAUCUACCAAAUAAGAAUUUUUCUUCAAAGAAAACAACUCUUAGGACUAGCGGCACGAAUAGUACUACAGUCAUGGGUUUAAACACGGAUAAUACUGGAAUUCGCGGUAACAUUAUUAAUAUCGAUAGUCACAUAGGUAAUGACGAUGAUACUAAUAAUUCUACUACUCUUACUUCCAAUACAAAUAAUAGUGACACUAACAACUAUAAUACUAAUACUCAUAAUUCUAUUGCUUCUAACUCUGGUGUCACUAGGAAUCAUAAUGAUUUUUUAUUUAAUGCUGAUAUCUUUAGUACAGAUUCUACACUUUUCACAAGUACUAAUCAAAACACUAGCCCUGUGAAUAAUAGUAGUGUAGCUAGUAAUAAGAAUGAAGGUACAAGAUUAUCCAGUACAAGUAAUUCUACAGUGACCUUGGCAAGCACAAUAAGCAGCAGCAGCAGCAGCAGCAACAGCAGCAGUAAUAAAAGUAACAGCAAUAACACUGAUUUAAUAGCAUUGACCACAAAUAGCAGGGAAAAGAACAAUGUCAACACUAAUACUAAUAAUAUUCACAAUUUUAAAACAAAUAAUACCAAAAGUUCAAAAAAAUUAUUCACAAAAGUCCUUGACGGUGUUUUAAAAACUUUUCAAAAUGAAGAAGAAUAUACUCUAUUUAUUAAAAGGAAAAAAUGUGUAGAGGCAUCCGCCAAAUUUAGAAUUAGGAAGAAAAUUAAACACAAGGAAAAUUUGCAAAAAUUAACUGAAUUAAGUAAACAGGUUAACACAUUACAAUCCAAAAUUUUAGAAUUAGUUGAGGACAAUAAGUUUUGGAAAGAAAAAUUAACUUAUUAUAACCAGUUAAAGAGUAAAGAGUUAUUAGAAUCGCUUAAAAAACAAAGUAUAGGAGAGUAA